UACAACCCCACCUUCAUGCCCUUCCUGCUAAAUGUUAUCCGUGUUGGAGUAUGCUUCAGUGCAGGCUCCAGCUUUGCUGAGGAGUCCCACCCUAGAAAACCCCCCUCGCUUCAUCGUUCAGCCUCAGCCCCCUCCUCAGAUAGAGGGCUUUUGUUCUGCAUCUAAUGUUUUCAUUAGGAUACUGGGUGCAGCCGAGGGAGGAGGACAAAGAGAGAGACGUUCAAUACGUUUUUGGGCACUGAAUACACUCUGGACUUCAGGUUUCCUCUCCUCCGCCAUGACCCGCCCCUCCACCAUCUCACUUGGACUCCUGAUCCUCCUCAUUGGCUAUGCAGCGGCAGGACCCGAGUCUGAGUUCCAACCCAGAGCUGUCCGGUCGAGUGCCUGUCAGGACCACGGUACGCUUCAUGACAGACUGGAUGUAGUGGAGAAGCAUGUAGAGGACACAGUACAAAAGCUGGAGGCUGAGCUGGCCGUGCUGCUGCACACAAUAGAGGCCCCUAAGUGGAGCCCCCUGCUGGACACGGCUGGAAAACAUGUGGUGGACAUCCUGGACGGCUACGGACUGGUGGAGAAUGGCGACUCCUGAGAGAGGAAGAGAAGGGAGAAGAUCUCUGUUGAGCAGCUACUAAUGCUACUUCACUCUGGCCUUAGGAAGUGAUGAGGGUGCACCUGGCUAGGGCAAACAAUGAAAGACACUUUAAUGUACAAUCUAUGCUGUUUUGCUGAAGUUGUAUUUUGUAAGUGGACAACAUGGUAUAAAACAAGCCCUUUAAAGUGUAAACACAGGCUUAGUAUAUAUUCUGUGGUACAGUUGAUAGAUCACCACAUUAAAGCUUAUUUUUCCACGUAAUACACUCCUCUAAUCCUCGGACACUCUCAUCGUUUCUCCCAUCAUAGACAAAACCUGAAUCCCUACACCCAGGGGUAACUGUGUCCCAGCCUCUCAGGAUGUUUACUUCAAAGUUCUAAACCAUUGAUUGUUUUAUCUGGUAAUGUAUUCUGUUUUGGGUGGGAUUUACCCUUUCCUGUCCCAUGCCUCUCUUCCGCCCCCUGGUGCCAAUCAAGAGCGACAAAUGCAGCACAGAGUCAUUAGGUAGACCUUGCCCUUUACCACAAAUCAAGAAUCAGGUUACCCUACCCUCAAUCCUAAACUAAACCAUUAGGGGGCUGUAAAUCAUACCUGACCCUGUAUCAGUGGUUAGGGACUACUAAUAAUCUCAAUGUGGAUGAAUGACAAAAACAAAUCACUACAGAGACCACUAGACGGAAUGUAUUUAUUUAUCAAAGCAGUUAAAGCAACAUGUUUCAAUACACAGAGCAGUUUGAAUAGGUACAGUACAAGGCUUCCACUGAGACCCAGGCUAGUUGCAAGUGUAUUUAUUUAGUCCCCAUAAAAAUUCUUACAGAACAUGUUCAAAAUCGGAUCACAAAAAGGAGAGUGGUCAUAGAUCAUCAAACCUGUUUUUUGUUCUUAAAAAUGUACACUACCUUACUAAAUGAUUCUACAAAGAUCAGACACUAAUGCUAGAUGUGAGAGCGUUGAUACUUAUCCAGAUAUGGUAAAGGUGCUGUGGAAGUUGGUCACUCGCUCUAUCACAAUGCUGUUUGAAACACCCUGGUAAAUAUACUUACAACAAUGUUACUCAAUAAACUAGCAUGUAAACACA